AUGAGCAGUGGCCAAGAGGAUAUUAGUAUCUGCCCUAGCUUCAAUUGCUAUUCAGCUGAUGGAUUAGCAGAAAUUGCUGUAAAAGUUACGAUGGAGAGCUCAAACGAUGCCGUGGGAUAUGAAGACCACAAUGAUGAUUACGAUGAGGAUUUUGAGUUUGCUUUUGUACGUGAGAAUCAGGAAGUUUUAACCGGAGACACCAAAAUCAAGCCGAUUUUCCCUAUAUUUAAUCGCGAUCUUUUGGUGGAUAGCGAUGAAAAGUGUUUGGAAUCGUCUGAUCAGGUAGAGAAUAUUAGAAUUCCGUUAAAUAAAUUAUUUAUCGAAGAUCGUGUUGACAAGGAGCGUGAGAUUCCUUCAUCGUCGUCAUCGGAAGUAGAUGAAUUGGAGAGCGUACCACCGGGAACGUACUGUGUAUGGAGGCCAAAGUUGGCGGAGCCAUCGCCGAGCCGAUGUCGGAAAAGCAAGUCCACUGGAUCCGGUUCGAGGAGGUGGAAGCUGUGCGAUUUGAUGCGACGAAGCAAUAGCGACGGCAAGGACUCUUUCGUCUUUUUAACACCAAAGCACCGGGAAGAGAAGCAGGAGAAGAUUGAGAAUUCGAAAAAAUCAAAAGCAAAGGGAGCCGCCCUAUACGGCGGCGGCAUGCCGGGAUCACCGUCAGCUCACGAAGCGCACUAUAUACGGAAUAGAGCAAUUAAUGAAGAGAAUAAAAAGAAAUCGUAUUUACCGUACAGACGAGAUCUCGUAGGGUUUUUCGCUAAUGUCAACGGUUUAGGCAGGAGUUUUGCACCGUCCUAG